AUGCUGGUGCAAAAGCUAAGCUGGAUCAUUUUGCUGCUGUUUCUUUGUCAACAUGGAAUAGAAGCAAAAAGAACAAUUAUCUGUGAAGGAGGAUCUGCUUUCCUCAGCUGUGAUUUUGGAUUAAUAAAGGUCCUUGAAGCCAACUACGGGAGGACUGAUCACACAACAUGCGCUAGUGGGAGACCAUCUAAUGAGAUCUCAAAUACGCACUGCUUUCAAGAAAAAUCCCUCCAUACAAUGUCUGCUCGGUGUAAUGGAAGAAAGAGCUGUUCUGUUCCUGCAGUGAACUCAGUUUUCUCUGAUCCUUGUCGUGGGACUUUUAAAUACCUGGAUGUAUCUUAUGACUGUAUUACAGCAAAAAGAAGUACAACCUGUGAAUAUACCCAAAGCGUCAUUAUCUGUGAUACUGGUGUUAUUUCUAUUUAUCAUGCCAAUUACGGACGGCGGGAUCUUGUAACCUGCCCUCAUAAAUUAGCAACAUCACCAGACUGUUACUCUCCUCAGACCCUCAGCCUGCGUUCCAGGUGCGAAGGAAAGAAGUCUUGUCAACUAAAUGCUUCAAAUUCUGUCUACACCGAUCCAUGCUAUGGUGUCUUCAAAUAUCUAGAAGUGAUGUACAGCUGUAUAUAAUCCUGCCACAUAAAUGUAUUUCAUGUUUUGUGUGUGUGUUUUAAAUGAAAAUUGUCUCUAUUAUAGAUUUUAGAUGCUGCUAGCUUUAAUGGUAUGUGUCAGAUGCUUUACAUGUGCUUUUCACACUUUUUUCUUUUGAUUUUAAGGUGAUUUUGUGAGUUUAGGAACAAUUUCUCAAAAAUUGAUUGCUAACCUCAUUAAUGGAAAGCAAUCAAGAUUUAGUGAGAAAACUCAAAUUCUUGUAGAAUAAUCUACAGCACAAUUUUUCUUUAUUUAUAUGUCCUGUAAAACAAUUUUAUUACAUUUGUAUUGUAAAAGCAAUGUACAAAUACAUUUUGUGUAAAGCAUGUCGUAACUUCCUAAUAUACUCUGCAUACUGUCUUAUGUUCUCAGUUAUGUGUUGGACUUCUAUGUUGUAGUUCUUAUUGAGUUUCCUGUGCCAGUUUGUAGGCUUUUUGUAGUUUCUUUUCUGAUUGUUCCCAUUGAUUGUCUCCCAAUGUGUGCCCUGUUAUGUUGUUAGUCUGUAUAAACAGCCCCUGUGUUUCCCAUGUUUCUUUGUCAGCUGUUACAUAUACCUGUUCCUUG